AUGUGCGGAAUCUUUGCCUACCUGUCAUACUUUGUUGAGAAGGACCGCAAGUACAUCACCGACACUCUGCUCAACGGACUGUCGCGCCUCGAGUACCGCGGGUACGACUCGUCGGGCAUUGCCAUUGCCGGCGAUACCGAGGAGGAGACCGUGAUCAUCAAGCAGGUCGGCAAGGUGUCGGCCCUCCGUGCGCUGGUCGACUCGCAGGACCUCGACAUGAGCAAGACCUACAGCGUGCAGACGUCGAUCUCGCACACACGCUGGGCCACGCACGGGCAGCCGUCGCCGGUCAACGCGCACCCGCACCGGUCGAGCCCCGAGAACGAGUUCACGAUUGUGCACAACGGCAUCAUCACCAACUACAAGGAGAUCACGACGCUGCUGCGCAACAAGGGCUAUGUGUUUGAGACGGACACGGACACGGAGGUGGCAGCCAAGCUGCUCAAGUAUGUGUUUGACUCGCAGCGCGGCAACCCGAUCAGCUUCCCCGACCUGGCCAAGGCGGUGAUCAAGGAGCUGGAGGGCGCCUUUGCGUUCCUGAUCAAGAGUGUCCACUACCCAGGCCAGAUCAUCGCUGCCCGCCGUGGCUCGCCGCUGCUGAUCGGAAUCAAGACCGCCGAGAGCCUCAAUGUCGACUUUGUUGAUGUCGAGUUUGCCGAGAGCACCACCAGCGUUGCCGCAUCGAGCAUCAACGAGGAGAAGGCGCCAGCCUACGCCAAGCGCGCGCAGUCCCGCACCUUCACCCGCGCCGACGGCACCAGCCAGCCGCUCGAGUACUUCCUUGCGUCGGACCCGUCGGCCAUCAUCGAGCACACGCGGCGCGUGCUGUACCUCGAGGACGAGGACAUUGCGCACAUCAGCGACAAGGGCGACCUGCACAUCUACCGCAUGCGGCGUGACGACGGCAUGUCGUCGAUCCGGGCAACUUCCCGCACUUUCAUGCUCAAGGAGAUCUACGAGCAGCCCGAGUCGGUUGUCAACACCAUCCGCGGCCGCGUCGACUUCUCCAAGCACAACGUUGUGCUGGGCGGCCUGCGCAACUACCUGGCCUCGAUCCGCCGCUGCCGCCGCAUUGUGUUCUGCGCCUGCGGCACCUCGUACAACUCGUGCCUGGCCACGCGCGCCAUCUUUGAGGAGCUCACCGAGAUCCCCGUGUCGGUCGAGCUGUCGUCCGAGUUCCUGGACCGCAAGUCGCCCAUCUUCCGCGACGACGUCUGCGUGUUUGUGUCGCAGUCGGGCGAGACCGCCGACACCAUCCUGGCCCUGCGCUACUGCCUGGAGCGCGGCGCCCUGUGCGUCGGCGUCACCAACACCGUCGGCUCGUCGAUCUCGCGCGAGACCCACUGCGGUGUCCACAUCAACGCGGGCCCCGAGAUCGGAGUUGCCUCCACCAAGGCAUACACGUCGCAGUACCUGGCGCUGGUCAUGAUGGCGCUGCAGCUGGGCGAGGACCGCAUCUCAAUGACCGACCGCCGCCGCGAGAUCAUCAACGGCCUGCGCGAGCUGCCCAGCCUCGUCAAGGAGGUGCUGGCGCUUGACGAGAGCAUCAAGGAGCUGUCCAAGAGCCUGUACCAGCAGAAGAGCAUGCUGGUGCUGAGCCGCGGCUUCCAGAGCGCCACCUGCCUCGAGGGCGCUCUGAAGAUCAAGGAGCUGUCGUACAUCCACUGCGAGGGCAUCAUGGCCGGCGAGCUCAAGCACGGCCCGCUGGCGCUCAUCGACGAGAACAUCCCCGUCAUCAUCAUCAUGACCAAGGAUGCCUACUACCCCAAGGUGCAGAGCGCCUUGCAGCAGGUCCAGGCCCGCAAGGGCAAGCCCAUCGUCAUUUGCAACUCCGACGACGACAGGAUCGACAGCUCGCUGCCCACCAUCCGCAUCCCCCACACCGUCGACUGCCUGCAGGGCAUCCUGUCCAUCAUCCCCCUGCAGCUGCUGUCGUACCACAUGGCCACCCUCAACGGCGUCGAUGUCGACUUCCCGCGCAACCUGGCCAAGUCUGUCACUGUCGAGUAG